CAACCAGGGCCGAGCAGUGCCCCCCCCCCCUUACACACACAGCCCAAAGGCCCCCCCUUCCCCUGUGACCACCACCACCAUCAUCACCACUUCCCACGACCACCACCACCAUCAUCAUAAGCAGCAGCAGCGGCAUUGGAACCAGUGUCGUAUUUGACGCUAGAAUUAAAUCAUUUUCGCCGUGGGGAAGGGUUCUGAAUUGUAAUCAUCGCUCAUCACCAUCAACGGCAUCUUGAAGAUUACAGAUAGCUUCAAGACCGGCCCCCCCUUCACCUCAAAUCUGACAUCGGAGAGAGGAAGACGAAACGAGACAUCCCCUGCUGUUGCCGAGAGAAAAUACGUUCGAUCACCCGGCGGACGUCUGAAAGAUCCUGUGAAUCAUUCAUUCAUUCCGCCCGGCCAUCCGUCCGUCGCUGGGCGCGCAUCAAAUCGGUCUGUAAUUCCUGCUCGGAUUCGGCAGCAGCACAGCAGCAACAUGGCCACCGAGGUGGUGAUCGCCGGCAUGGCGGGCAAACUGCCAGAAGCCGACAACCUCAACGAGUUCUGGGAGAACCUCAUCAACGGGGUGGACAUGGUGACGGAAGAUGACCGUCGCUGGAAACCAGGUCUGUACGGGCUGCCCCCUCGAAACGGCAAGCUGAAGGAUAUCAGCAAGUUUGACGCGGCGUUCUUUGGCGUUCAUCCCAAACAAGCCAACACCAUGGAUCCCCAGCUCAGGCUGCUCAUGGAGCUCACCUACGAAGCCAUCGUAGAUGCUGGCCUGAACCCCCAGCAGCUGCGUGGCACCAACACGGGCGUCUGGGUGGGUGUGAGCGGCUCGGAGGCCGGGGAGGCCCUGAGCCGCGACCCCGCCGAGCUGCUGGGCUACAGCAUGACGGGCUGCCAGCGCGCCAUGCUUGCCAACCGCCUCUCUUACUUCUUCGACCUCAAAGGCCCCAGCUCGGCCAUUGACACGGCGUGCUCGUCCAGCCUGCUGGCUCUGGAGAACGCCUUCCAGGCCAUCCGCUCGGGCCAGUGCGAGGCGGCCGUGGUGGCUGGCGUCAACCUGCUGCUGAAGCCCAACACCUCGGUGCAGUUCAUGAAGCUCGGCAUGCUGAGCCCCGAGGGGACCUGCAAGGCCUUCGACGCCGCCGGUAACGGCUACUGCCGCUCCGAGGCGGCCGUGGUGGUGCUGCUCACGAGCAAGAGGCUCGCCAAACGUGUGUACGCCACCGUGCUCAACGCACGCAGCAACACGGACGGAUACAAGGAGCAAGGCGUGACGUUCCCGUCGGGCGAGAUGCAGCAGGAGCUGCUGCGCGCCGUGUACGCCGAGUGCGGCGUGCAGCCGAGCACCGUCGAGUACGUGGAGGCGCACGGCACCGGCACCAAGGUGGGCGACCCGCAGGAGGCUGGCGGCAUCGUCAACGUCUUCUGCCAGGGGGAGCGCCCGCCCCUGCUCGUCGGCUCCACCAAGUCCAACAUGGGCCACCCCGAACCGGCGUCCGGCCUGGCCGCGCUGGCCAAGGUGAUCCUGUCCCUGGAGCAUGGCGUGUGGGCGCCCAACCUGCACUACCACGAGCCAAACCCGGACAUCCCGGCGCUCACGGACGGCCGCAUCACCGUGGUGACGACGCCCACGCCGUGCCGCGGCGGCGUCGUCGGCCUCAACUCGUUCGGCUUCGGCGGCUCCAACGUCCACGUGGUGCUGCAGCCGUACGGCAAGCCGGGAGGCGCCGGCAACGCCGGGACCGACGUGGCGGAGCCCGGCGUGCCCAAGCUGGCGCUGGCGGCGGGGAGGACCGCCGAGGCGGUGUCGGCGUUGCUGUCGCACGCGCGCGCCAACGCCGACAGCCCCGGGCUGGUGCGGCUGCUGAACGAGGUGUCGGCGCUGCCCACCACCGGCAUGCCGUUCCGCGGCUUCACGCUCGUCGCCGACGAGGAGGGGGGCGAGGAGGAGGAGGUCGGGCAGGGCGCCAGCAACCGUCCGCUCUGGUACAUCUGCUCAGGCAUGGGCACGCAGUGGCCGGGCAUGGGCAAGGACCUGAUGUCGCUGGGUCCGUUCCGCGCGUCGGUGGAGCGCACGGCGAGCGCGCUGUCCGACACGGGGCUGGACCUCGUGCGGCUCCUCACCCACGCCGACAAUUCCACCUUCGAGGACACGGUCAACUCCUUCGUGGGACUCGCCGCCAUUCAGAUCGCGCAGAUCGACAUGCUGGCGGAGAUGGGUCUGCGCCCGGACGGCAUCGUGGGCCACUCGGUGGGCGAGCUGGCGUGCGGCUACGCGGACGGCUCGCUGUCGCGGCACGAGGUCGUGCAGGCGGCGUACUGGCGCGGCCGCUGCAUCAAGGAGGCCAAGCUCCCCGCGGGCGCCAUGGCGGCCGUCGGCCUCACUUGGGCCGAGUGCAAGAAGCAGUGUCCGCCCGGCGUGGUGCCAGCGUGCCACAACUCCGAGGAUACCGUCACCAUCUCCGGCCCCAAGGACGCGGUGGCCGAGUUUGUGAAGCAGCUGCAGGCGAAGGAGAUCUUCGCCAAGGAGGUGCGCACGGCUGGCGUGGCCUUCCACUCUCACUACAUGGCCUCCAUCGCACCCGUGCUGCUCGCCGCCCUGCAAAAGGUGAUCAAGCAGCCGCGCGAGCGCUCGGCGCGCUGGAUCAGCACGUCCAUCGGCGAGGAGAGCUGGGGCAGCCCUCUGGCGACGUACUCGUCAGCCGAGUACCACGUCAACAACCUCGUGAGCCCCGUGCUCUUCCAGGAGGCGCUGCAGCACGUGCCGGUCGACGCCGCCGUCAUCGAGAUCGCACCGCACGCCCUGCUGCAGGCGAUCUUGAAGCGCAGCCUGAAGCCCACGUGUUCGUUCAUUCCCCUGAUGAAGCGCGACCAGAAGGACAACCUUCGCUUCUUCCUCAACAGUGUGGGGAAGCUCUACAUCAGCGGGGUGAACCCUGACCCCAACAAGCUGUACCAGCAAGAGGGGACCCAGUUCCCGGUGCAGGCCGGGACGCCGCUCAUCUCACCGCAUGUCGUGUGGGACCACUCACAGACGUGGGACGUGCCGCGCGCCGAGGACUUCCCCUCGGGCUCCGGCGGAGGCGGCGGUGCCGUCGUCUUCAACAUCGACACGAGCCCCGAGUCCCCAGACAGCUACCUGCUGGGCCACUGCAUCGACGGGCGCGUGUUGUACCCUGCCACGGGCUACAUGGUGCUGGCGUGGCGAGCGCUGCUGCGCCAGGCGGGGCUCUCCUCCGAGACGCUGCCCGUCGUGUUCGAAGACGUCACCAUCCACCGCGCUACUAUCCUGCCCAAAGCUGGCUCCGUGCAGCUGGAAGUCCGCCUCAUGCCGUCCUCAAACCGGUUCGAGGUGUCCGAGGGCGAAAACCUGGCUGUGAGCGGCAAGGUGUACAUUCCGGAAGACACGGUGCUGGAGAACCUGCGGAGCCGCAUCGCGGCCGUGCCGGACGCCAAGCCGGAAUCGGAGCUGCCGCUGUCGGCCAGCGAGGUGUACAAGGAGCUGAGGCUGCGGGGGUACGACUAUGGGCCCACCUUCCAGGGCAUCCUGCAGGCCAACAACAGCGGCUCGGAGGGACGGCUGGCGUGGGACGGCAACUGGGUGCCGUUCCUGGACGCGAUGCUGCAGAUGCAGGUGCUGGGCCUGCAGGGCCGCAGCCUGCGCUUGCCCACGCGCGUGCGCUCCGUCUUCAUCGACCCCGAGGCGCACGCGGCACGCGCCGCGCAGGGCGAGGACGAACGCACGGCGGUGGAGGUGUCGGUGGACCGUGUGCUGGACCGGACAGUGGCCGGCGGCGUGGAGAUCUCGGGGCUGCACGCCACGCAGGCCCCACGGCGCCAGCAGCAGCAGGCACCGCCAGUGCUGGAGGAGUUCCACUUCGUGCCCUACGACCAGCAGGACCUGCUCGCCGACGCCGGGCGCCACGCCUCGCUGCACGCCUACCAGCGCAGCUGCACUGAGUGCCUCCGGGAGGUCAUCGCCAAGUUCCGCAGCCACGGCAUCAAGUUCCCCGUGUCCGGCCUUGACGACGCGGUCAUCGGCUCGGGCGCGGACGCGGAGGUGCCGCCGCUCGACGCGGAGAAGGAGUCGGAGCGGGGCCUGCUGUCGGUGCUGCGCACCGUGCGCGACCUCUCGCACAACGGCAGCUUCCUGGGCGAGGUCACGGCCACCAUGGCGCGCGAGCGGGGGCGGCUCUCGCACGACGCGCUGCUCUCCGCGCUGCUCGACGGCCCCGUGCUCAAGAACUGCCUGGACGUUGUACUGGAGAACUCCACCAGCAAGAGGCUGAAGAUCACCGAGGUGCUGUCGGGCGAGGGCAAGCUGUAUGCACGCGUCGUGCCGCUGCUCAACACGCACCCCAUGGUGGAGCUCGACUACGUCGCCACGGACGCCGCCCCCGAAGCCCUCGCCGCCUCCAAGGAACAGCUGGACGAGAUGGGGGUGACGACGGCGCAGUGGGACCCGGCGCAGUCCGGCUCGCCCGCGCCCGCCGCCGACCUGCUGGUCUGCGACCUGGCCGGUCGCUCGCUCGGCGCCGCCGCCUCCGAUUCGCUCGGCAACAUGGCCGGCGCGCUCAAGGAGGGCGGCUUCCUGCUGCUGCACGCCGUCUUGGCCGGAGCGCCGCUCGGCGACGCCGUGGGGCUGCUCACGGGGCGCAUCCCCGACCAGUGCACGACGCUUACGCGGGCGGAGUGGGAGGCAGCGCUGAAGGCCGCGAGCCUGACCCUCGUUUCCAAGAAGACCUCCUUCUUCGGCUCGGCCAUCUUCCUCGCCCGCAAGACAUCGGCCGGGAAGGGGGCAGCAGCGGCGCUGGCGCUGUCCGUGGACGACCUCACCUACGGAUGGGUGGAGCAGCUGAAGGACGAGCUGCUGGCGGAGUCGGAGGUGCCCGUGUUCCUCACGUCCACUGCCUGCGCUCACUCUGGCAUCGUGGGGAUGGUGAACUGCCUGCGCCAAGAACCCGGCGGCCAGCGCAUCAGGUCUCUGUUCGUCAGCAACCUGGAGGCCGGCUCUAAAUCGCCGAGUCUGCCCUCGUCCUCCAUCCCGGCAGCGGUCACCCAGAAGGACUUGGUGAUGAACGUGUGGCGCGACGGCGCCUGGGGCUCCUUCCGGCACCAGCUGAUUCCAGCCGGCGGCGCCAGCGGGGCCUCGGUGGCGACGGAGUACGCGUACGUGAACGUGCUGACCCGCGGGGACCUCUCCUCGCUCGCCUGGAUCGCGUCGCCGCUGCGCCACUUCCGCAGCAGCAGCUCCAGCAUGGUGCAGCUGUGCCGCGUCUACUACGCCUCGCUCAACUUCCGCGACAUCAUGCUGGCCACCGGCAAGCUGCCGCCCGACGCCAUCCCCGGUGACCUCUCCCUGCAGCACUGCAUGCUGGGUAUGGAGUUCUCGGGUCGCGACCCCCAGGGCAAGCGGGUGAUGGGGUUGCUGCCUGCGCGAGGCCUGGCCACCGUGGUGGAUGCCGACAAGCGCUUCCUCUGGGACGUGCCCAAGACCUGGAGCCUGGAGCAGGCCUCGUCCGUGCCGGUGGUGUACGCCACGGCGAUCUAUGCGCUGCUGGUGCGCGGGCGCAUGCGGCGCGGGGAGAGCGUGCUCAUCCACUCGGGCUCCGGGGGCGUCGGCCAGGCGGCCAUCGCCAUCGCGCUCAGCAUGGGCUGCACCGUCUACACCACCGUCGGCUCGGCGGAGAAGCGCGCCUACCUGCAGAAAACCUUCCCCCAGCUGAAGAACGAGGCCUUCGCAAACUCCCGCGACACCACGUUCGAGCAGCACGUCCUCAAGGCAACCAAUGGCAAAGGAGUGGACCUCGUGCUCAACUCCCUGGCUGAGGAGAAGCUGCAGGCUAGCCUGCGCUGCCUCGCGCGGCACGGGCGCUUCCUGGAGAUCGGCAAAUACGACCUCUCCAACAACUCCCCGCUCGGCAUGGCACUGUUCCUGAAGAACGUGGCGUUCCACGGCAUCCUGCUGGACGCGCUCUUCGAGGAGGGCAACCGCGAGUGGGAGGAGGUGGCGGCACUGCUGCGCGACGGGAUCGCACGCGGCACCGUCAAGCCGCUGCGCACCACCGUGUUCCUGCGCCAGCAAGUGGAGGACGCCUUCCGCUUCAUGGCGCAGGGCAAGCACAUCGGCAAGGUGGUCGUGCAGGUUCUCCCGGAGGAGCUCAAGGGCGCCUCACCGGCACCGCUGCCGGCCGUGCCGGCGCUCGCUCGUUCCAUGUGCCCGCCGGGCAAAACGUACGUCAUCACGGGCGGCCUGGGAGGCUUCGGCCUGGAGCUGGCGCAGUUCCUGGUGGAGAGGGGAGCGCGCAACAUCGUGCUCACCUCGCGCUCCGGCAUCCGCAACGGCUACCAGGCGCGGCGCGUGCGCGAGUGGCGCGAGAUGGGGAUCGGCGUGACCGUGUCGACGCGCGACAUCAGCAGCGAGGCCGACGCCGCCGGCCUCGUCAAGGAGGCCGCCGCGUUGGGUCCCAUCGGCGGCAUCUUCCACCUCGCCAUGGUGCUGAAGGACGGCAUGCUGGAGAACCUGGACGCCGGCAUGUUCAAGGACGUGAACAAGCCCAAGUUCCACGGCACCAUCUACCUGGACAGGGUGACACGCGCGAACUGCCCCGAGCUCGACUGGUUCGUGGUUUUCUCUUCGGUGAGCAGUGGCCGCGGCAACGCCGGGCAGAGCAACUACGGCUUUGCCAACUCAGCGAUGGAGCGCAUCUGCGAGAAGAGGAGGCACGACGGCUUCCCGGGCCUGGCGGUGCAGUGGGGCGCCAUCGGCGACGUGGGCGUGGUGCUCGAGUCGAUGGGGGACAACGAGACGGUGAUCGGCGGCACGCUGCCCCAGCGCAUCGGCUCCUGCCUCGACACGCUCGACCGCUUCCUGUCGCAGGGCCACCCCGUGCUCUCCAGCUUCGUGCUGGCCGAGCGCUCCACCGCGGCCCGGGCCGACCAGGCCGACAAGAAGGACCUGGUGGAGGCCGUGGCCCACAUCCUGGGUGUGCGGGACGUGAGCAGCAUCAACCCCGAGUCGUCGCUCGCCGACCUGGGCCUCGACUCGCUGAUGGGCGUCGAGGUGCGGCAGACGCUGGAGCGCGACUACGACCUCGUGCUGUCCAUGCGCGACAUCCGGCAGCUCACCGUCACCAAGCUCCGCGAGCUCUCCGCCUCCAACACCGCGCUGGCGGAGCCCCGCCCGGUAUCGCCGGACCAGCUGGAGGUGACCCUCCCCGAGUUGGUGGUGCCGCGCCUGGGCGCGACGCUCGAGCGCAUCAACGACGUCGCGGACGGCGCCGCGCCGCCGCUCUUCCUCGUGCACCCCAUCGAGGGCACGCCGAUCGCCUUCAAGAGGCUCGCCUCCAAGCUGCCCGUGCCUUGCUACGGCCUGCAGUGCACAGAGGAGGCGCCCCUGGACAGCAUCAGCAGCCUGGCGACGUUCUACCUGGAGCACGUGCGCAGGGUGCAGCCCACGGGGCCGUACCGCCUGGCCGGAUACUCGUUCGGCGCGUGCGUGGCCUUCGAGAUGAGCCUGCAGCUGCAGUCGGCGGCCGCCGGCAAGAAGGGGCCGAGCGGUAACACGCUCCUGCUGCUGGACGGCUCGCACAACUACGUGGCUGCGCACACGCAGGGAUACAAGGCCAAGCUGAGAGACGUCGCUGCAGAAGAGUCGGAAUCGAUGUGCGCGUUCGUGCAGCAGUUCGUGGCCGUCGAGCGCCAGAAGACGUUCGAGACGCUGCUGGCGCUGCCCUCGCUGGACGCGCGCGCCGGGGCGGUGUGCGACAUCAUCCUGGCGCGGCACCCCGGCCUGGAGCGCACCGACCUCUCCUUCUCGGCCAGCUCCUUCUACGGGAAGCUGCACGCCGCCGACAAGUACCAGCCGAUGAGGAAGCUGGUCUCGGACGUCACGUUGCUGCGCGCCGAGUCCGGGAGUCCCACGGGGGACGGCCUCGGGGAAGACUACAACCUCAGCCAGGUGGUGACCGGCAACGUGAAGCUGCAUGUCGUCGACGGAGACCACAGAAGCUUCCUGCAGGGCAGCAGCACAGAGCACGUGGCCUCCAUCGUCAUGGGCGUCCUGGGUCAGGCCCAGCACGCGUAGGCCGACUCCACGCCUCUCCGCGCUCACACACGCUCACGCACUCAAUGCUCACGCACUCAACGCUCGCGCACUCGUGCUCAUACUCUCAAGCCCGCGCUCACGCACACACGCACACACGCACUCGGACGCACGCAAACUCGCACACUCCUGUCACAGUGCCGUGUGCAUCAAACAAGAGACCCACACGCAGAUGCAAUGGCCCCCGCACGCAGCACGAGGUUUCUUCGUUCAGACACGUAGCUCCCGGACACAACUCUGCGCGAUGCAACGACACGUUCACGAGCACGUCCUAUCGGCCGGUCGCCCUCCGCCCUGUCCGGUAAGCGUCCGCUGGCCCGGGCUCCCGACCUCGUUCGAGGUCACGACCCCGCUCGACCUCGUGGCUCCACCGUUCCCCUGCCGCGUCGUCCCCUAUUCCAGUCGGGGGAACAGCAGCAGCUAUAAACCACGUUCGCGUCGAUAAUCCCAGGUAGAGGACCACAUUUUCCAAUCGUCGACGGGUGACGGUCGUGGGUACAAAGCGCCGCCGCUUUCCAGCGACGAAUCCGUUCCUCGAGAGGGCUCCGUGCCCCGCGGCGCGCACGCCACAGACCCGCGCGACGUAGACGAUCUAAACAAAGUCCCACGUAGCGGCAAUUGGUGCCAGUUUCUGCCACGUUGUUGGAGGCAAAAGAAGCAUUGAACAUUCCUAUAGCCCCUACCUCCCCAGUCCUCGUCCGUACCACUUGACGCCAUGCCCCUUUCUCCCAUCUCCCCACCUAAGGCCACUUCGAUGUGACCGACAAGGGUAGCAAACUCGCGGAAAUGGUUAACUUGUGCAGGGUGCGCGGGAAUGGGUUGCAGUGGCUUGUGAUUUUCUAGGAACGCCCGGCAAACGGUUAAGAGCCGGUGAGCGGAUCCCGAAAAGAAGCCUUCGCCCGACUGCGCGCCAGUCCCCCGGGGAGUUGUUUGUUUUUAUUUCGUUGGGCCGAUGCAGCUCUGGCCAAGCCACCGUCGACAUGUAGCACUUAUUCCUGCCACUCUCGUGGCCGGCAAGUCUUAAAACUGUCGAGUGAAACCCGCAGUCGGAUUUGUGAAACCAAGCUGAAAACAAAGAUCUUCACUUGCCCGGGCAAAUCCCCGUGGAGAAGCCUUUUUUUUUUUAGCGGCGGUGUUUACAUGACACGGUACUAUAUUUUAAUUUACGUGUUUUAUUUUUGCCUCUUAACUUCUACAUUCUGUAGCACUUACUAAACGUUUACCCACCCCCUCCUCCUCCACCACCACCACCAUCCCCGCGCACACCGUUUAACGGGGCUGUUCAAGAAAUCCCCGACUGUUAAACGGAAUAAUCGCGGUGACCUGCUUCGGGUGGGAAAGGCUGUGCUGUGUACAUGGUUCACGUGUCCUCCCUGUUCCUCAUCCCUCCUCCUCGCGGUAGCACCCACGCCGCUCCCCGGCCGUGUAAUCGUGUUCGCUUGACGGUAAUCCGAGAGAAAAUUGGUCAGUGCCCCGACCCCCCCCCCCCCUGGCUGUUUCGAGUCCGGUGGGUGUCACAACAGACGUUGCUUGACAAAGCGUGGUUGUGACGCCUCCCGCGCCCCCCCCCCCCCCUCUUCAUAACAAUCUUGGUUUUGUUUGUCCUGAGAGAUGGCUAUUUAUUAUUAUACCUUGAUUUUUUUCCUCCCCCCCCACCCCACCCCCACCGACGAAUAACAAUAAACAUGACGAUUGCCGUGAAGAUGUGUCUUGUUUCCCUCGAGUUCGCUCUGCCGGGGGAGGAGUGGUGGUUGCCGCACGGUUGCUGGACCGACGUUUUCCCAAAGGUUUCCAGCCACACGCCAACGUCGUUCACUGGGAUGUUACGCGACGUUCACGCCGGUACUUGUUUGUUACGCAGAUCGUUCUGCACUGGGCCCGCU